AUGGCAACCGAAGGUACGAAGAUCAAGGUCAAGAAUCCCGUAGUGGAAUUGGACGGUGAUGAGAUGACCCGUAUCAUCUGGAAGGAGAUCAGAGAGAAAUUGAUCCUGCCUUUCCUCGAUGUCGACCUCAAAUACUAUGACUUGGGUCUUGAAUACCGUGACCAGACCGAUGAUCAGGUCACCAUUGAGGCUGCCGAGGCCAUCAAGAAGUAUGGCGUCGGUGUCAAGUGCGCUACCAUUACCCCAGACGAGGCUCGUGUGGAAGAAUUCAAGCUGAAGAAGAUGUGGUUGUCGCCGAAUGGUACCAUCCGAAACAUCCUGUACGUCUUCCCUCCCCGAAUCCCCGGACUUCUUACUGGACGCGGCACUAACCAGCAUGGCAGCGGCGGAACGGUCUUCCGUGAGCCUAUCAUCAUACCCCGCAUCCCCCGCCUGGUGCCUGGCUGGACCAAGCCCAUCAUCAUUGGCCGUCAUGCCUUUGGAGACCAGUACCGAGCCCAAGACCGUGUGAUCCCCGGCCCCGGCAAGCUAGAGCUGGUCUAUACGCCAGAGGGUGGUCAGCCUGAGUCGAUCAAGGUUUUCGACUUUCAGGGCGGUGGUGGCGUUGCACAGACCCAGUACAACACGGAUGCCUCCAUCGAGGGUUUCGCUCAUGCCAGCUUCCAGAUGGCCCUCCUGAAGGGUCUGCCACUCUACAUGAGCACCAAGAACACCAUCCUGAAGAAAUACGAUGGCCGCUUCAAGGAUAUCUUCCAGGAAAUCUACGAGACCACCUACAAGAAGGACUUCGACGCCAAGAACAUCUGGUAUGAGCACCGUUUGAUCGACGACAUGGUGGCCCAGAUGAUCAAGAGUGAGGGCGGAUUCGUCAUGGCCCUGAAGAACUACGAUGGAGACGUGCAGUCGGACAUUGUUGCCCAGGGCUUUGGCUCCCUGGGUCUGAUGACGUCGACCCUGGCCACGCCGACCGGCGAGGCGUUCGAGUCGGAGGCGGCCCACGGCACCGUGACUCGUCACUACCGCGAGCACCAGAAGGGCCGCGAGACCUCAACCAACCCUAUAGCCUCCAUCUUCGCCUGGACCCGAGGUCUGGUGCAGCGGGGCAAGCUCGAUGAGACUCCCGACGUGGUGGCUUUCGCGGAAGAACUGGAGCGCGCCUGUAUCGACGUGGUUAACGACGACGGUAUUAUGACCAAGGAUCUGGCUCUCGCCUGUGGUCGCAAGGACCGGGAGGCCUGGGUGACCACCAGGGAAUACAUGGCCGCCGUGGAGCGGAGACUGAAGGCCAACCUCAAGGCUCGCCUUUAA